AUGACUUGUGUUUUUUGUCUUACUUUCCAGUUGGCCUGCUGCUGCGGUACUGCUGCUUGUUCCUUGUGCUGCAAAUGCUGCCCCAAGAUAAAACAGUCAACCAGCACCCGCUUCAUGUAUGCGCUUUACUUCAUCCUGGUGACUAUCAUCUGUUGUGUCAUGAUGUCAACAACAGUAGCUAACGAAAUGAAAAUGCACAUUCCCUUCUACAAGCAGAUGUGCAAGGGUAUUCAGGCGGGUGAGAUGUGCGAGAAGUUGGUGGGAUACUCUGCGGUGUACAAAGUCUGUUUUGGAAUGGCCUGUUUCUUCUUUUUGUUCUUCUUGUUCACCAUCAAAAUUAACAGCAGCAAAAGCUGCCGAGCAUAUAUUCAUAAUGGAUUCUGGCUCGUUAAACUUAUACUUCUGGCAGCAAUGUGCUCAGGAGCCUUCUUCAUUCCUGAUCAGGACACUUUCCUCAAUGCCUGGCGCUACGUAGGAGCAACAGGAGGUUUCCUUUUCAUUGCCAUUCAGCUCAUCCUGCUUGUUGAGUUCGCACACAAAUGGAAUAAAAAUUGGACUGCAGGUGCAAACCACAAGCAGAUGUGGAAUGGUUUGCUUGCCCUGGUCACUCUCACCUUGUACUCUGUUGCUGUGGCAGCCCUGGUCCUCAUGGCUCUUUUCUACACGCGCUCAGAGGGCUGCAUGUACAACAAGAUCCUCAUCGGUGUUAACGGUGGCCUGUGCCUCUUUGUGUCGCUGGUGGCCAUAUCGCCCUGUGUCCAGAAUCGCCAGCCCCAUUCUGGUUUGCUGCAGUCAGGAGUUAUCAGCUGCUACGUUAUGUACCUCACUUUCUCAGCACUAUCCAGCAAACCACCAGAAACUAUCCUGGACGAAAACAAUCAGAACAUCACAAUCUGUGUACCUGAAUUUAGCCAAGGCCUGCACAGAGAUGAAAACCUUGUUACUGGCCUGGGUACUACCAUUUUGUUUGGCUGCAUUUUAUAUUCUUGUUUGACCUCAACAACACGUGCAAGCUCAGAGGCACUGAGGGGAAUAUAUGCAACACCUGAAACUGAAGUAGCUCGUUGCUGCUUUUGCUGCAUGCCUGAUGGAGAUGCUGAUGCUGAAGAGCACAUUGAGAAGAGGGGAGGCCAGACUGUGAUUUACGAUGAAAAGAAAGGCACCGUGUACAGUUAUGCUUACUUCCACUUUGUUUUCUUCUUGGCUUCGCUCUACGUGAUGAUGACAGUAACUCAUUGGUUCCAUUAUGAAAGUGCUCAGAUUGAAAAAUUCUUCACUGGAACCUGGUCCAUCUUCUGGAUUAAGAUGGUCUCCUGUUGGGUUUGUGUCUGUCUGUACUUAUGGACUCUUAUUGCUCCACUCUGUUGCCCAACCAGAGAGUUCUCAGUGUGAACACUCAGAAGGUCCUGUGUUUUUCUCUUCUCUUCCCACCUCCCACCCCUCCACCCCCCACCCCCAAUACAAAUAAAAAACAACAGUCAUUUUGUAAUGAGGAAACACCUAUUGCCCACUCAUCAUAAUGUACCAGUUAGUAGCUUUUUAGUCAGACUAAACAAAUGAUUGAAGACUUUUUUUACCUUUUUUAAUUGUCAUGAACAAGCAUUGCCCAAGGAAACAAAUCUGUUCCAAACCAUUGUAACACUGAUGUGUGGAGCGUAGGAAACACAGUUGUUGCAUAAACUGGAAUAAGUGAAAUGCUUUACAAAUAACUGACAAUCUUUCUCUGGCUUCAUUGGCAAGAAAAGAAAAAAUCAUGGUGCAGAUGUAUCUUCUUCCUUCCUGUGAAUGUUGGAUAUCUUCUAGCAAAUAUGCAUUCCUUUUUAUACUCUUAACUGUGUCUUUUACAGUUUGCAGUGAUGAUUUGGACUGCUGUUUUGUACAGCAUAUAAUUCUUGUAAGUAGUAUCCAGAUAAUUUUUUCCAAAAACAUAAUUAAAUACUUCUGUAGAAAUAGAGAAUAUGUAAGAAUUUGACUGCCAAAGCAUCUACUAAAAUUGUUUAUCUAAAUAUUAAAUAUAUUAAGUUAUUGUAUACCUAGAUUGAGAAAGGAACGUACCAAUGAUAAUAGAGUAUUUAUUCUAUUAUAAUUUUAAAAGGCACCUGAAUAUUUUAUGCAAUUCAGAUUUGGUCCAGUUGUUAAUAGAAGGGGAUUUCUACACACAAAUUCUUAAACUCUGAAUUUGUCCGCCUUUGCUUUGCCAGCUCACUUAAACUGCAAGUUGUGUGUACCGCACAGGGAUUUAAGAUACGGUACAUUCUUUAUUCAGAAUGUUUGCUGUUGAGAAAAUACUAAUUACAGGAGCACUGCCAGUUGCUGUUAAAUUUAAAAGUGGAGUGCUCAUUUACUUUUCUACCCUGCUGUUCCAACUUGUGUCUAAAGAUCGCCCAGGAUCUUCAGUUCUGUUUCCAUUACUAAUUUUAUAAUAUUUUAAAUGCAUUGAUGGU